AUGUCCACCCCAUCAGGCAAGCAUCUAGCCGCCAUCGUCCCUCAGAAGGGCGGCCCACUAUCCAUCGUCGAACGCACCACCCCAACCUGCGGCCCAAAGGAACUCCUAAUCGAAGUCCACGCCAUCGCAUUCAACCCCGUGGACUGCUACCAACGAGACAUGGGCAUCUUCAUCGAAGAAUACCCCGCCGUCAUCGGCUCAGAUAUCGCAGGCAUUGUCGUCCAAACGGGCAGCGACAUUAGUCCAAGUAGCCCGGUACCCGGCACGCGAGUCACAGCCCUCGCGAGCUCGUUCUACCACAAGGGUAGUCCGGACUAUGGCGCGCUGCAGAAAUACGUCCUCGUCAGCGAGGAUACCGUUGCCGUACUGCCGGGCUCAUUUUCGUUUGUGGAGGGUUGCGUUUUCCCUAUGGCAGCUCUUACGUCGUGGAAUGGGUGGCUUUGGGCGGGGAUUGCUCGAGAGCCUAUUUUCCCGUCUGAGAAAAGAGGGGUUAUCGUGUGGGGUGCCUCGAGUAGUAUGGGAGCACUGGCGGUGCAGAGUGCAAAAAAUAUGGGCUACACUGUUUACGCAACGGCAAGUCAGCAGCAUCAUGAGUAUAUCAAGACUCUGGGUGCAGCACGGGUCUUUGAUUACAAGGCGGAGAAUGUCUCUUCUGAGAUUCUGAGCGCUGUGAAGGAAGAUGAUAUCACUAUCCGGGUAGCAUAUCAUGCUACCGGGGCGCAGCAGGUCUCUGCCGAUGUUAUCAGCAAGCUGGCCGAAGGGAGUCAAGGUAAACUCGCAAUUGCGCCGAUUGUGGAUCAGAGCCUGAAGGUUCCAGAGAAUGUCGAGUCUGCAUUUGUCCAAGCUCCGCAUGACCCUGAGGGACGAGUGGAGAGGUUAUCCUGGAUCUUUGGAAGCUGGCUGCAAGAAAGUCUUGCGGCUAAGCGACUGGUGGCAAGUCCGAAGAUCAAGGUUAUUGAAGGGGGUCUGGAGUCUGCCAACAAGGCAUUGGAUGAAUUGAAAGCGGGGGUCAGCUGUACAAAGCUUGUCAUUGAGAUUUGA